UUUUGCUGUGAGAAUUCCUAGUAACAGUUCACUAUGGGGGAUAUUUUAGCUCACGAAUCUGAAUUACUUGGACUAGUAAAAGAGUAUUUAGAUUUUGCUGAAUUUGAAGACACCUUGAAAACAUUUUCAAAAGAAUGCAAAGUAAAAGGAAAACCGUUGUGUAAAACAGCAGGUGGAUCUUUAAGGGACUCCAAAUCAUUGAUUAUUCAGAAGGAUCUCGUGGCUGCCUUUGAUGGUGGAGACCAGAAGGUGUUCUUCGAUUUGUGGGAGGAGCAUGUUCCCAGUUCCGUCCGAGAUGGUGACUCCCUUGCUCAGAAGCUGGAAUUCUAUCUUCACAUUCAUUUUGCCAUUUAUCUUCUGAAGUACUCUGUAGGGAGGCCGGACAAGCAGGAACUGGAUGAACGGAUUUCUUAUUUCAAAAACUACCUGGAGACGAAAGGGGCAGCGUUAAGCCAGACCACCGAGUUCCUUCCUUUCUAUGCCCUCCCUUUUGUGCCCAACCCCAUGGUACACCCCUCAUUCAAAGAGCUCUUCCAGGACUCUUGGACUCCAGAGUUAAAGUUGAAGCUGGAAAAGUUUCUGGCUUUAAUUUUUAAAGCAAACAACACGCCAAGGCUUUUGACAAUCUACAAGGAGAAUGGACAAAACAACAAAGAAAUGCUGCAGCAGCUCCACCAGCAGUUGGUCGAAGCCGAGCGUCGGUCAAUGACGUACCUGAAGCGGUACAAUAAGAUCCAGGCCGACUACCACAACCUCAUUGGAGUCACAGCCGAGCUGGUGGAUUCCCUGGAGGCCACAGUCAGUGGAAAGAUGAUCACCCCGGAGUACCUGCAGAGUGUCUGCAUCCGCCUCUUCAGUAACCAGAUGCGGCAGAGCCUGGCGCACAGCGUGGACUUCACGAGGCCUGGGACGGCCUCAACCAUGUUGCGAGCCUCCUUGGCACCCGUGAAACUGAAGGAUGUCCCGUUGCUGCCCUCCCUGGAUUAUGAGAAACUGAAGAAGGAUUUGAUCUGGGGGAGCGACCGCUUGAAAGCCUUCUUGUUGCAGGCUCUGCGCUGGCGCUUGACCACAUCCCAUCCUGGGGAGCAGAGGGAGACAGUUCUGCAGGCGUACAUCAGCAAUGACCUCCUGGACUGUCAUAGCCACAACCAGAGGAGCGUGCUGCAGUUGCUGCACUCCAAGAGCGAGGUGGUGCGGCAGUACAUGGCCAGGCUCGUCAACGCUUUGGCGUCACUAGCAGAAGGCCGCCUCUACCUGGCCCAGAACACUAAGGUGCUGCGGAUGCUGGAGGGAAGGCUGAAGGAGGAGGACAAGGACGUCAUCACCCGGGAAAAUAUUCUUGGGGCCCUGCAGAAGUUCAGUCUCAGGCGCCCACUGCAGACAGCGAUGAUUCGAGACGGCCUCAUCUUCUGGCUGAUUGACAUUCUGAAGGACCCGGAUUGCCUGUCUGACUACACACUGGAGUACGCCGUGGCUUUGCUCAUGAACCUCUGCCUCCGCAGCGCAGGGAAGAACAUGUGUGCCAAGGUGGCAGGCCUGGUGCUGAAAGUCCUUUCGGAUCUCCUUGGCCACGAAAAUCACGAGAUACAGCCAUAUGUGAACGGAGCUCUGUACAGUAUCCUUUCUAUUCCAUCCAUUCGUGAGGAGGCAAGAGCAAUGGGGAUGGAAGACAUCCUGCGCUGCUUCAUCAAAGAAGGCAAUGCUGAGAUGAUCCGCCAGAUAGAGUUCAUCAUCAAGCAGCUCAAUUCCGAAGAGCUGCUUGAUGGCGUUCUUGAGUCUGAUGAUGAUGAAGAUGAUGAUGAUGAAGAGGACCAUGACACCAUGGAAGCUGAUCUGGACAAAGACGAACUGAUCCAACCCCAGCUGGGAGAACUCUCAGGAGAGAAGCUUCUGACGACAGAGUACCUGGGAAUCAUGACCAACACCGGAAAGGCACGGCGGAGGGGGCUGGCCAGCGUGCAGUGGAGUGGGGAUGAGCCCCUGCGCCGGCCUGUCACCCCCAGUGGCCACAGGACCGGGUGCCCAGUGAUGGAAGAGCAUCUGGUUUCUCCGCAGAGUGGCCAACAGGCCAGAAAUGGCAGCCUGCAGGCCCUGUUCACCGCUCACCUGGCCAUCUGCAAGGAGGCCAAGCCUGAUGUCCCUGAGUGCCACACAACUUCUUCAUCAGCCACGGAUGACGGUGCAGGAGGGCAGCUGCCCGCUGGACCUCAGGAGGAGCCGCCCCUGUUCCCCACAGCGGCCCACAGCUGGCUGAAGGAUGUGUCCCAGGACCCUGGCAGCAGAGAGCCCGUCAGGGAGUUUGCAUCGACUUUUACCUGCAAGCCAAGGACCCCCGACACUCCAGAGACCCUCGAGCUGAACUCGCCCAAGGCAAAGGCAUCAGCCCUGACCCCCCAGUUCUCCUCGUGUGGCCCCCAGAAGGCCAGCCGCCCUGGCUCCACGGCUUCCUCCUCAAGGGGCCUGCACAGCAGCCAGUCCUACAGGAAGUGAGGAUGCUUCUCUCCCUGGGUGUCACUGUCCCGUUGCCUGAGGACCAGCCAGCUUCCCGUUCUCUGCCAGCCAGCAGCUGCAGGUGACAGAUGUGAAGAGACAGUUGACAACGAGACACUGAACGACUGGGGAGCUGGGGAGGGACCUGCCCGCCAGGCCAGCCAGGAGUCCGGUCGUGACUGCCCACCAUCUGGGCCCUUCUCAUCUAGGAGAGCCACAUGGGGAGGGCUGGGGAGCCUACUACUGCCCUCCCGGCAAGGGGACAUUUCCUGGUCACCUUCAUACUCACAGGAGGAGAGCCGUGGCCUUUGCCCUCGGGAGACCUUGGGCCCAGGUCCAGCCAGCAUCCCCAGCUCCCCAGCACCAGCUGGGCAGAAUUCGAGACCAAACCUGGGAGCCCUGCCAUCUCCCUGGCUCCCGAGGAGAUGCUGAGCCCACGAAAGCUCAGCCAGCCAGAGGGACUCUGCAGACUGCUGACCAGGGCUGCCCUGUGGAAGCCACUGUCCUCACUGGGACCAGCUGCGGAGGUCCUCAUCCUAAGGCACCUCAUUCUCAAGCCAGUGUCAGCCCCAGCAGCAGCCUGGGGACUCUGUUUGGGUCUUCAACUGAGAUACAGAAUGUGGAAUGCUCCGGCAGCUUCAGAGCAGCCCUCUGCUCCUACCCGGGUUCUUGGUUUUUUGGUUUUUAUUUUAUUUUUUGUGGUACUAGGGAUUGAA